AUGAAGUUCUCCGCCGCCCUCCUGCCUUUACUGGCAGCUCCCUUCGUCGCCAGCGAACACACAUCCAACUGGGCGGUCCUCGUCUCAACAUCACGCUUCUGGUUCAACUACCGCCACCUCGCCAAUGUCCUCUCACUAUACCGCACCGUCAAGCGUCUCGGGAUCCCCGAUUCGCAAAUCAUUCUCAUGCUGCCUGACGACAUGGCGUGCAACCCGCGCAACGCCUUCCCCGGAACCGUCUACAACAACGCCGACCGAGCCCUAGACUUAUACGGCGACAACAUUGAGGUGGACUACCGGGGCUACGAGGUCACAGUCGAGAACUUCAUCCGACUGAUGACAGACAGAGUGGGCGAGGACAUGCCACGCAGCAAGAGGUUAAUGACGGACGAGCGGAGCAACAUCCUCGUGUACAUGACCGGGCAUGGCGGAAACGAAUUCCUCAAGUUCCAAGACGCAGAGGAGAUUAGCGCUUUCGACCUCGCCGAUGCGUUUGGCCAGAUGUGGGAGAAGAAACGGUACCACGAAAUCCUCUUCAUGAUAGACACCUGCCAAGCCAACACCAUGUACUCCAAAUUCUACACCCCCAACAUCCUCGCGACCGGCUCCUCCGAAAUCGACCAAUCCUCCUAUUCCCACCACGCCGACAACGACGUCGGCGUCGCCGUCAUCGACCGCUACACAUACUACAACCUCGAGUUUUUAGAAAACCAGGUCAAGGACCCUACUAGUAAAUUGACCAUGGGUGACCUUUUCGAUAGCUAUGACGAGGAGAAGAUACAUAGCCACCCCGGUAUACGGUAUGAUCUCUUCGAGGGAGGGGAGAGGGCGGCGAGGGAGAGGCGGGUUAUGGACUUUUUUGGGAAUGUGCAGAAUGUGGAGGUUGAGGGGCGGAAUGAGACGGGGUGGGUACGUGAAGCGGGGAGCGCGGUUAAGCUGGCGAAGAGUCAUGAUCAGAGUGUGGGAGAGGUACCGCACAGAGCGCGUACGGAGGGGGCUUGGAAAGUGGAUGAAGAGCAAGGGUGGACGAAGCAGGCGUAUGGGGCUGCGGCUUUGGUGGGUUGUGCGAGUGUUUGGCUUGUGGGGAGUUGGAUUGAGUCUAUGUAG